AAAGUAUCCAUGUCCAUAUCUUAAAAUAUUUGUCUAAAUGAAUCAUUGGACUUCAAGAACUCACUCUCUCUCUCUCUACCUUCCUUUACUCUCUCUCUUCCUUUUCUCUCUCACACACUCGCAGAGUUCUGCGGUGAAUCGCUCCCCAAAUCUCCGGCCGGCCGGCUAUAAACUCAUGAACAUCCCACCGGAGUUAUUCUCCGGCGGCGGCAACAGACCCUCCCCGAGAAAAGAGUUGCAAGGCCCCCGCCCCACCGCCCUAAAAGUCAACAAGGACUCCCACAAGAUCCGGAAGCCGCCGCCGCACCCUCCGACGGAGCCGCCGCCGCGCCCCGCCGCCGACGACCGGCAGCCCGUCAUAAUCUACGCCGUUUCCCCCAAGGUCAUCCACACCACCGUCACAGAUUUCAUGAAUCUAGUCCAGCGCCUCACCGGAAACUCCGCCGACACCCAAGGGCAAGGAGGAUCCGCCGCCGGCGACCUAUCUCCGGCAGCUCGAUUAGCUUCGAUCGAGAAGCUGAGCCCUAACAAGGACCGCGAAAUAACCGCCAUGGAUAUAGCCGGCGGCGGCGGCGGCGGAGAUUUGAUCGGAGAGCUGUUGGAUGAUUCGCAGGUGGAAUUUUCCGGCAGAGCAUCGGGCGUACUCUCACCGGCGCCGGCGAGUCUGCCGCCUAUAUCGCCGGGAUUCUUCUCUCCGGCGGGUGACCCGUUCAUGACGGCGUACGGAAACAUGUUCAUCCCGAGCCCGUCGACGCUUUUCUCGGUGCCGAUGGUGUCGCCGUCGCCGUCGUCGUCUUCCUCCUUCGAUCUGUUCAAUCCAUUCUUUGACUUUUAAAUUUUUUUUUUUCUUUUUUUUUUUUUUUUUUGAAAAAAUUAAUCUGAAAUUAGAUUUGCUGAAUUUUCUACAUAGAGGAAAGUGGGCAUUGUGGAAAUUUGGGAUCCAUAGGUGGGAACAAAUUAAUUAUUAUUUAAUAAAAAAAAUACCCAUUAAUUUGUUGGCUUCA